AUGCUGGCCACACUGAGUGGUGCAAAGACCUCUGGCCACAGUGUGUACCUGUUUUGCCGUGGCAACUCCAUCAGACCGCAUCAGGGCAUUCUGCAGGAGGGCUACACCCAGUACCACGCUGACAAAUACCACUAUACUGACAACCCCAACGGCAUAAUCAAUAUGGGCACCACAAGCUUCUGCCCCAGCAUGGAACCAGCAGAGAUCACCCAGAUCAAGAAUGUUGUAACCCACCAAGGGGCACUGCUGGGGCGACAGCAAGAACAACUCUCCAAGUUGUUCCAAGUUUCAUUGCCCAGUGCUACAGGCGUCGCCGUAGUUCCUCCAGGGAACCUGCACCGGGAACCCAAGAUCCCAGCCCCCCGAGCAUCCUCCUCGUUCCACACCGAUCGGUCCAUGAUUGCCGACAUCAUCUCUCUACUCUCGGGCAAAGCCCUGGCGUGGGAAAUGGUGGUGUGGAAACAGCAGCCACCAUCCUGCUACUCCAUAUUAGCCUUCAUUGCCGAGCUGCGACGAGUCUUCGACCACCCAGUCGACGGACGAGAAGCGGCCAGCCGACUGUUCAACAUCCAUCAAGGGGCCAGACCUGUGGCUGACCAAGUACAUUCUACCGCAGAACACAUACUGCAUGUCCGCCAAGUCCUGAGACGCCUCCUGCAGAGCCAACUAUAUAUCAAGAUAGAGAAGUGUGAGUUCCACGUAUCCCAAGUUUCCUUCCUGGGUCACAUUAUCUCUACCGCAGGCAUCCAAAUGGACCCCGUAAAGAUUGAGGCGGUCGCCGACUGGCCCCGUCCGACCUCACUCAAGCAUGAGUUGCACACCAUUGUCAAUGAGGUGUACAUGCUGACGGUGUUUGAAGAGACAGCCACCUUCCACAGUGUCCUGAGCAUGGAGAGACAGGGACUUGGUCGAAGCUCUGGAUGUUUCACGGUGUCCCUGAUCCAAUACAGCAUCAGAUGGAAAGGCUGCUCCAGGACAGAUUGGAUCGAUGGGAUAUUUCUUCCAGAGAACAGGCUGAGAAUGCUGGCCACUCACAGAUACAUGACUGAGGAGCUACAGAGCCUGGGAGUCCACUACCUCCACCGGCCUGCUGGCUUCUACAUCUGGGCUGACCUCAGGAAGUACCUGCGAGAACCAUCGUUUGUGGAGGAGCUGUCUCUGUGGAGGUGUUUACUGAAACACAAGGUGGUGCUGAGCUGUGGCCAAGCAUUCCACUGUUCCACUCCUAGCUGGUUCUGCAUCGUCUUCACCGACCAACAGCAAUACCUGACGCUCGCUACAUUCAUCAAUCAGUUCAUCUGUUUUUCUCCUCUCAUGACGAUAGAGGCAGGAAACAGAUAUUGCCUAUUUUUUAUCCUCUCUUUCCACUCCCUUUCUCUGUCCUAUCUUCCUUUACUUGCCAUCUCUUCAUUGUGUUAUGUGUGGUUGUUGUAGGCAUGCAGAGG